CUGUCGUUUACCUUACCUGCGGGCUGCGUGGCCGGCCACUUGCAGACUAUUGGCAAAGCUGCGUUUCUGCCGCACAUUGAAUUGGUGUCAGUGAGUGUCGUCGAGCCGCUCGAGAAAGAACAAGAAACAGAGAGAGAGAGAGAGAGAGAGAGCGAGGGACAUAUCGGUCCCUAAUUGUUUUGACCCACUGUGUGUAGCAACAAAAUUCGCGAGCAACAACAUGCAGACCCGGACGACUCUAACCUUGUUCUUGGCCUUCACCGCUGUUUGCCUGCUGGGCCACGUCGUAGCCGGCAAAGUGCAACAAUUGCGUCUACGCGGCAUACCCCUGUCCAAGAGCACGCUCUACCCGUCCGACCGGGACUUCGAGUGUCUGGAUGGCAGUCGGACGAUAUCGUUCUUGAAGGUCAAUGACGAUUACUGCGACUGCGAGGACGGCAGCGACGAGCCUGGCACAGCCGCCUGUCCUAAUGGCACUUUCUACUGUCAAAAUACAGGUCAUCAAUCUGUAUACAUUCCUUCAUCCUGGGUAAAUGAUGGAGUGUGUGAUUGUUGUGAUGCUAGUGAUGAAUACUCAUCUGACAUGAAAUGUCUUGACAACUGUCAUGAACUAGGUCGUGAAGCAUGGAUCAAAGCUCAAGAGGCCAUUGAACUAGCCAAAGAAGGCAAUAAAAUACGUCAAGAGUACAUUACUCGUGGUAAACAAUUAAAAAUUGAAAAUCAAUCUCAACUGACUAAGCUACAAACUGAUCGCGAAGAAGCAGAAUUAUCAAAACAAGAGCUUGAACAAGUUAAAAAACAGGCUGAAGAACGGGAAGCUGCAGCUUUGGAAAAGUAUAAUCCUCCUCCUCAUGAAGAACAACCAGCUUUAGAACAAAAAGAAGACGAAGAAGAAUUUGAAGCUGAGGAUUAUUUCAAAAUGUUAGAUUCUGACUCCAGUGGUACUAUUUCAAUUGCAGAACUACAAACUAGAGCUACUUUUGAUAAGAAUCAUGACGGUGAAGUCAGCAGAGAAGAAGCAUUAUAUUUCUUGAAUAAUUUUGAAGAACUCACGAUGCAAGAAUUUGUUAAUACUGCCUGGGCUAAUGUGAAACCAUUUUUAAUGUUAGAAAAAGGCUUAUUCAAACCUGCAGAAAGAGACCAAGAAAAUAAAGAACAAGAGGAACAAAUGGAAUAUGAUGAUGAAAUUCAUGAAGGUGAAGGAGGUGAAGAUCAUAUUGAAGAAUCAAAUUUAAAUGAUGGUCAAGCACAAGUUGAAGAAGUUCCUGUAGCUCCAGAGUCAACACCUGAACCACCAGCUCCUAAAUAUGAUGAAGAAACUCAAGCUUUGAUUGAUGACGCCACAGAUGCUCGUCAGCGGUUCCAAGAAGCUGAAAGAUCAGUUCUUGAUCUACUUGCUAAAAUUCGUUCAAUAGAAGAAAAAACAGAGCGCGACUAUGGACUAGAGGAAGAAUUCGCUGUUUUAGAUGGUCAGUGUUUUGAUUAUACAGACCUUGAAUAUGUUUAUACGCUUUGUCCAUUUGGUAAAGCUACUCAGCGUUCAAAAUCUGGUGGUAGUGAAGUAAGCUUAGGUCAAUGGAGAGAAUGGAUUGGACCAGAGAAUGCUAAGUAUACUAAAGCUAAAUUUGACAGAGGACUUACAUGUUGGAAUGGUCCUUCUAGAUCCACAAUAGUAACUUUAACAUGUGGGACAGAAAACAAAUUACUGUCAGUCAGUGAACCAAAUAGGUGUGAAUAUGCCAUGGAGUUUUCAACACCAGCAUUGUGCAAUCCAAACGUUGAGAAGCAAGAUGUGCACGAUGAACUGUGAUUUAAAUUUUUUAAGAGAUUCAUAAGAAUAUAAUUACACAAUAAUAAGUCAAUUUUUUUUAAAAUAUUGAGCGUUGUGUGCUUGAAGUUAUGCAUUUUUUUGUAAAUAAGUUUGAUUGAACUGAUAAGAUUGAAUACUAAAAAGGUACUAAAUUUUAUUGUAUCUUUAAGAACGCUGAUUUUCACAAAUCUUAUUAUUUAUCAACUUCCGCAUUUGAAAUUGGUUCUAAAAUGUUGUUCAGUUUAUGAAUUCUACUGAGGAGUACUACUUUAAAAUAAAAAUAGAUCUACUUUUUCCACAGAUCAAAUAUGAAAAUUAAAAAAAAAAA